GUAGGACCAUCGGACGAGAAGAAAGAGGAGGAAAUUCCAACUCUGAAUUCUCCAUUCAGACUCAUACGCCAGAGCUUGGGAGAUCUUACAAUGAAAUGGCGAAAGGUUUUAAAAGAGGCAUACACAUUGGAGACACUGCAAACUGUUUGCCGAUUCAUUCGGUGCCAUCCUCCAGUUCUCUGUUUAUUGCUUUGCCUAUUAAUAUUGUACAAGUACUACUUCAGCUGGCUCUCUCUCCUUGUGGCUGCAUCACCAAUCUUCGUAUUCACUGGUUUAUUCCUUGGGGUCAUCCUAACUUACGGUGAACCGAACAAUCCGGAAAAUGAUCAUAUCUACAAAAAGAUAGAGAAGGCUCCUGAAACUUGGAAUAUUCACAACACUGCUAAACCAAUUGAGGAUGUAUGUAUUCCAAGAAUUAUAUCUAGCGAAGAAAGAAUAGCUAACCACAACAACAAUGAAAAUAAAUUUCGGAAGGGAUCUCAUAGCCGAGGCUCUUCAUCCAAAUCAGCAUCAAGUGCAUCAGAUGGCUCAGAAAUCGAUACCCAUCCCAUGCUUCACGCAUUUCAUGAGCUUAGGUCGGCCGCCAAUUCAUCGGUGUCUUCUCAAGAUGGGGAUUCCAUUGACAGCAACAUUGAGGAUGAAACCGGAAAUCAAGAGGGCAAUGAUGAAAAUGAACUUGAGGAGAAAGGAAGUGCUAAAGUUGUGGCAUGGACUGCUGACGAUCAGAAGAGCAUCUUGAAAAUUGGAUGUUUGGAGAUUGAGAGAAACCAAAGGUUGGAGACCUUGAUUGGACGCAGGGCUAGAAAAUAUGUAGGUAGGAACUUGAGAGAGUUUGGCAACAAUGAGCCUCUCCCAACAAAGGAGGAGCUCUCAAAAUUUAAUCUUCAAAUUCCAACUAUUUUUGCACCUAGGAUAAAUCCUUUCGAUCUUCCCUACAACGAAGAUAACUUCCCAGAGUCUGCCCCAUCUGCACCAACUAAAAUGAGAAAUGCAUUUGACAUUACAUGCGAGCAAGAGGAUGAAAGUAGCUCCACUGGAGGUGCUAACUCAAGUAAUGUGGAGCCUACUUGUGUUGCGUCUCAAAUAAGAAAGAUUACAAUGCUUAGGAGCCAUGAGAGCUUCACAGAAGGAGCAUCAUUUCUCGCUAAUUUCCGGCAAAAUCUACAACCUUCUCGGUUCAAACCAUACUUUGUUACAGAAAACAUGUCCGACGAGGGGACUACAGUUCCAAGUCUUCAAGGAGAAGCUAGUGAAAAGAGCUCGGUUCAGGAUUUGGACAAUUUUUCAGUUAACGAUCAAGAAAUCCAAAAUGUUCUAUUGGCUCUCGACACCGAGACACCCGUACUAAUUAGUGAUUCAUCAGAUGAUGACAUGUAUCUACCAGGUGAACAUAUAAAUGAUUGGGUGGAAGCUCAAAACAAUGAAAAUUUAAAUUUAUGUCAUGCUGCUCCAUUAGAAGGACUUAGUGUAGUGCAAUACCCACAAGAAAUGGAGACGAUGAGCAAUGCUUUACAUCAGAUGUCUCCACAUUCAUGUGAUCUUGACUUGAUGCCAUCAUCAACUGAAGCUACAGAACCUUUUGCACGUAAUAGCAAUGAAGUACCAGGCAAGGAAGUUGAUACCCUUGAUGACACCCAGAUGGGUGACCCAGUUGACGAUACAAGUCCAUCUGGAAGCGAUAAGCCUACAUCUAUGAGUUCUCCAAUUGGUGUACUUUUGUUGCAUGAAGGCUAUCCUCAUACUGCUGCUACGAGCAAGGAAGAAAUGGGUUUACCAUCAAUGAGUGAGGUUCCUUCUAGUGAGAUAGCCUCCCCUAGUUUGGCUUCAUUGGAGGAAAGCAGACAAAACAAAACUUCAGAGAUAAGGGACUCAUGACAUUGUUUACCAUGAUGGAGUUUGCGCAUAUUCUUUCAGCCAUACCAAUUAGCUAGGCAACAUUAGAUAUUAGUUUUUGUACAAUUAUCAGCACAUAACAUAGUGGUAAAUUUUAUGACUAUAGCCUAUAUUACUAUCACUUAAGUUAUAAGUUAUGAAUCUAUCCAUUUUUUUCUUAGUAGUAAUGUUGACCCUUGGGAUCUUUGAAAGCUGC